AUGGCAAAGGUAAACGAGAAUCUUACAAAUCUGAACCUUCUUCAAGAAGCCCUUGGAGAUCACCUAAGGGGUAAAAAAUUUCUCUUGGUACUAGAUGAUGUGUGGACUGAAAGUUAUGCAGAUUGGGAAACCCUUGUUAGACCGUUUUAUACAUGUUCUCCUGGAAGUAGAAUCAUCAUAACAACACGAAAGGAUCAAUUGCUCAAACAGUUGGUUUACAAUCCUCUAAACAUGCAGUUGCUCAGCCUUCUAGGUGACGAGGCUCUGUCUUUAGUUGCUCGACAUGCAUUAGGUGUAAAUAACUUUGAUUCACAUAUGUCACUCAAACCAUAUGCUGAAGGUAUUGUGCAAAAAUGUGGUGGGUUACCUUUGGCUUUAAUAGCACUUGGUAGACUGUUGAGAACCAAAAAAGAAGAAGUAGAGCACUGGAAGGAAGUGUUAAACAGUGAGAUAUGGAGAUUAAAAGAUGAAGGUGGAAUUCUCCCAGCCCUAAGACUAAGCUACCAUGAUCUUUCUGCAACUUUGAAGCAGUUGUUUGCUUACUGCUCCUUGUUUCCCAAGGACUUCCUGUUUGACAAGAAGGAGCUGGUUUUAUUAUGGAUGGCAGAAGGGUUCUUGCACUAG